ACAAAUUUGACAAAACGCACCCGUCGCAGCUUGCAGUGUUUGAUUUUCCUGGUUCCCAGUUUCCCACCUCUCUUCACUGUCUCGGUUGCAGAGCUCGCUUCGACGCCCCUUUCACCACAACGUAAGGGAUGGGUUCGAAAUCGAUAUCCCCUCUAAAAACAAACUUUAUAUCUUCAAAAUUUCCUUCAACUUUCCUCCCAUCGUCUCUGCAAUUGCCAGCUUUUGUCCGGUUAUCGCCGGUAUUCUCUGCGAAACACACAAGUAUUCGUUGUGAGUUCGAAGCAAAAGGCAACGGCGCCCUAUCCGAUGACACCGACCCACGUUUUAUCGACCGCCAAAAAGCAUUGGAGGCAGCAAUGAAUGACAUUAACAACUCUUUUGGAAAAGGAAGUGUUACAAGAUUAGGCAGUGCUGGUGGAGCUCUUGUUGAAACUUUUCCGAGUGGUUGUUUGACCUUGGACUUUGCACUGGGUGGGGGACUUCCUAGAGGUAGAAUUGUCGAGAUAUUCGGUCCAGAAAGUAGUGGAAAGACCACCCUGGCACUCCAUGCGAUUGCAGAAGUGCAGAAACUUGGAGGCAAUGCCAUGCUUGUUGAUGCAGAGCAUGCCUUUGAUCCAGCAUAUUCAAGGGCUUUGGGAGUUGAUAUCGAAAAUCUGAUUGUUUGCCAACCUGAUAGUGGGGAAAUGGCAUUGGAAACUGCGGAUCGUAUGUGCAGAUCUGGUGCCGUAGAUCUCAUUUGUGUUGACUCUGUUUCUGCUCUCACUCCACGAGCUGAAAUCGAAGGUGAGAUUGGGAUGCAGCAAAUGGGACUACAGGCACGUCUUAUGAGUCAAGCUUUGCGCAAAAUGUCUGGCAAUGCUUCAAAAGCUGGAUGCACUCUUAUUUUCUUGAAUCAAAUAAGAUACAAGAUUGGUGUCUUUUAUGGGAAUCCUGAAGUCACCAGUGGAGGAAUUGCCUUGAAGUUCUUUGCAUCACUACGUCUUGAAAUACGUUCUACAGGAAAGAUUAAAUCUGUUAAAGGAGAUGAAGAUGUUGGACUCAGGGUUCGUGUAAGAGUUCAAAAGAGCAAGGUGUCCAGACCCUACAAGCAAGCUGAGUUUGAUAUUAUUUUCGGAGAGGGAGUGAGUAAAAUGGGCUGCAUUCUAGAUUGUGCUGAAAUGAUGGACAUAGUGAUAAAGAAGGGUUCUUGGUAUGGCUAUGGGGAACAUAGGUUGGGUCAGGGCAGGGACAAAGCUCUACAGUACUUGAGGGAAAAUCCUGACCUUUGCAAUGAAAUACAGAAGGUAUCAAUUUGCAGGUGCUUUGGUCAAUAAUAACAGAGAGAACCGGGCAAGUAGGUCCUGCGUACAUCAGGCACUUGCCAUUUCAAGAAGAACAGAUACCUGAAGAUGUAUGAAGAAAUGGCAGAACUCCUGAUAUCAGGAAAUCGUGAGGAGAACCCACAGAACAAUGCAAUACAAGAGUAGAAGUGGGAGGACUAGAGUUGUUUGGAUGUAUGGAUUUUGAGUAGCAGGUCUUGAUGGUGAGCCAGUCAUUAUUAUCAUCAUGUAGUUGAAAUCCAUUUUCCUGUAACACAGGAGUGGUCAUUUAAAAAGUUGUUGAAUUACAAAGUGUAUACUGGAAAAAUGCAUUAGUUGUAUUGGUAACAA